GAAAUAAACAUAGAGCGCUCUCCAAGUCAGCAAACAAUAACCCCCUUCCAUUUUGAUUUGACGGUGUCGGUCAUUCACCUCUCCUUCCCUUUCCUCUUUUCUUUUCUUCCCAUUCCCAAACACAAAAAAAAAAAAAAAAAACUCAAUUAAUUUUUUUUUUAUCUUCUUCUCGUUCAUUCUUUCUUCCACCAAUCAUGGCGGCGGCACGGCGGCUCCGUGAGCUUCAAUCAGACCAAUCAAACAAGAUCUGCGUGGACUGUUCACAAAAGAAUCCACAAUGGGCAUCCGUUUCCUACGGAAUUUUCAUGUGUCUAGAAUGUUCCGGAAAACACCGUGGCCUCGGCGUUCACAUCUCCUUCGUCCGAUCUGUUACAAUGGAUUCAUGGUCCGAUCUCCAGAUCAAGAAAAUGGAAGCAGGUGGUAACCGUAAUCUCAAUUCCUUCCUCGCUCAAUACGGAAUCUCUAAGGAAACUGAUAUCGUUACUAAGUACAAUUCAAACGCUGCUUCGAUUUAUCGCGAUCGGAUUCAAGCUCUUGCUGAAGGUCGUUCAUGGCGGGAUCCACCUGUUGUUAAGGAGAAUUCGAAUUCGAAUGCGAAUAAUAAUCGUCCUGGAAAAGGGAAGCCGCCUCUGGCUUCGUCGAAUGGAAGUGGUUGGGAUGAUAAUUGGGAUAAUGAUGAUAGUUAUGGAUCUCGUGCUGAUAUAAGGAGGAAUCAGAGUACUGGUGAUGUUAUGGGAUUUGUUGGUGGUGGUGGCGGUGUUACCCCGUCGAGGUCUAAAUCGACGGAGGAUAUUUAUACGAGGACUCAAUUGGAAGCUUCUGCUGCUAAUAAGGAAGGAUUCUUUGCGAGGAAGAUGGCGGAGAAUGAAUCGCGACCGGAGGGACUUCCGCCUUCUCAGGGUGGGAAGUAUGUUGGGUUUGGAUCUAGUCCUGGUCCUGCUCAGAGGAUAUCUCCUCAAAAUGAUUAUUUAUCUGUUGUUUCUGAGGGAAUUGGUAAAUUAUCGAUGGUUGCUCAAUCUGCAACCAAGGAGAUCACUGCCAAGGUAAAGGACGGCGGUUAUGAUCACAAGGUCAAUGAAACUGUCAAUAUUGUCACUCAGAAGACAUCAGAGAUUGGACACAGGACAUGGGGUAUAAUGAAAGGGGUCAUGGCAUUGGCCACACAAAAGGUUGAGGAACUCACCAAAGAUUACCCGAAUGGGAACUCUGAUAACUGGCAACGAAAUGAAAAUGAUAGACAUGAUUUCAAUCAAGAUAAUAAAAGCUGGAAUUCUUCUACUAGAGAAGGACAACCUUCAUCAGGUGGACAAAGUAAUACUUACCACUCAAACUCUUGGGAUGAUUGGGACAAUCAAGAUACAAAGAAGGAAGUACCAGCUAAAGGCUCAGCUCCUCAUAAGAAUGAUGAUUGGGCUGGUUGGGAUGAUGGCAAGGAUGAUGACGAAUAUGAUAAUAAAUCUUUUGGUCAUAAUGGGACGUCAGGUACUGGCUGGACAGGAGGAGGCUUUCACUAAGGUUUGGCCCUAUCUUUUUUCAGUGUCAAAAUUUUGUCGUAAUUGACAAAAAUAUGGUAGCUUUCAGAUUGGUGGCAUACACGCCAAGCAGGGUUGGCAUUUCACAUGAAGAAUAUCGCCAUACUGUCAACUAUAGGUUUUUUGGUCACCAGUAAAAUCAGCCUCCAUAUGUGCAGUAAGAAUUAAUUCUUUGAGGUUAUUGUAUUGUCUGUAAGUCUUAUUAUUUUUUUUCUUUCUAUAGUUCUCCAAACCUUCCUUCCCUAAUGUAAUAUUUUUUUGCUGUAAUUUUCGGGAACUUCUGUAUGAUUGGAAACGAAGUUUUCCAUUUAAAGUUCCAAAGCAAUGGGGGCAAAUUGCCCAAAUUUACUAUUGCCUGGACAUGUGAAACAUUAUUGCAACAUGAAAAUUUAAUGAUUUUUUUCUUUCAAUAA